AUGCAAAAUUGGAGUGUCUGGAAUAAAAGUGCUGUGACAGAAUUUAUACUUGUGGGAUUUCCAACAAAUCAGAAUUUUCAGCACUUCCUCUUUUUUAUCUUCUUUAUUGCCUAUGUAUUAACAGUGACCGGGAAUAUUGUUAUCAUUACCAUAAUUCAAGCUGACAGUCACCUUCAUCGUCCUAUGUACUUUUUUCUUGGCAACUUUGCUUUCAUGCAGGUUUGCUACAUAACAGUGACAGUACCUAAGCUGCUCUUAGGUUUUUUAACCAGCAUAAACAAAAUAUCCAUCGGAGCUUGUUUUACUCAGUGCUAUUUUUUCUUUUUACUUGGAGGAAUAGAGCAUUUCCUAUUGGCCAUUAUGGCGUAUGAUCGAUAUGUGGCUAUAUGCCAUCCUUUACAGUAUAAUACCAUUGUAACCUCAAAUGUUUGUUGGAGCCUAGCAUGUGGCUGUUGGCUAGGUAUCUUCCUUGGUUCUUUACUACCUGUUGCCUCCUUAGUGAGAUUAUCUUUUUGUGGACCAAAUGUCAUUAACCAUUACUUUUGUGAUGUUUCACCAUUAUUAAAGCUUUCAUGUACUGAUACAUCUCUGCUGAAAUCCUAUUUUUUCAGCUUAAUGUGGAUCAUUAUUUUUAGUUGCCUUAUGUUCAUUCUUUUGUCAUACAUCAGUAUUAUUUCUGCUAUUUUCAAGAUACCAUCCACAGUAGGGCGUCAGAAAGUGUUCUCCACUUGUGGCUCCCACCUGACUGUGGUUAUAAUAUAUUUUGGGGCUGUUAUAUUUAUGUAUGUUAGGCCAAGAGAAAGUUAUUCAUUUGAGGAGGACAAGUUGAUCUCUGUGUUCUACUCCAUUUUGACUCCACUUUUAAAUCCAUUUAUCUAUUGUCUAAGAAACAAGGAAAUAAAACAGGCUUUGCAGAAAUGCGUUCAGAGCAAAAAAAGUUUUUUGGCUCAUCUGCACAUGUAA